AUGGGCAGGCGCGUCCGGGGAAGUGAGACCGUCUCACGUGUUGCAGAUGUCCAUGGGCGGCGGAAGGCACAAUCGAAGGUCCCGGGAGGGCGGAGCCAAGUGGACUACAUUUCAGGAAUAGCUGCUCUCAACGAUCUCGAGGGCCAUCAUCCGGGUUCGUAUGUUGACUGUAGUGUCACAUGUUUUAUACAUGCUCAUGGGUAUCACUUCACAUCGGGUGAACCGCGACCUCGCUCGCCAACUUUUCACCUAAACAAAAGAAUAAUGACAACCGAAUCAACAUAUUAUAAAUCUACUCUAAGUUUAGAGUACUUGCCCAACGCGGACCUGGAGGUGAUACAGGGCCUGGACGACAAAAUGUACGAGGACUUGAUGAACGAGAUCCCCAUACUGAGGCAGGUGAUCAAGGGCAACAGGAAGAACAAGACGCUUCGGCUGGAAACGAGCGCCCUGCCCUUCGUGUUCGGGGAAGGGGAGGUGCCGAAGGCGAGCUCCGCGGCGCUGGGCAACUACGCCAACUCGACCGCCGUCGGCGGCAGGCGGCUCCCCUACCGCACCAGGUGGCCGUCGAACAGCAGGCUGCGCUCCGAGCGCACGUCCCCUGCGCGCCGCGGCGGCCCCGACACCUGGCCCGACAUCACCUUCACGGCCUUCUGGCGGCUCGUCUACCCCUACCUCAUCUCGUGCUUCUGGUGCGGCCUCAACGAGACGCUGCUGCCGCAGACGUCGCUCUGCCACGACGUGUUCGACUCGGACGACGGCGACGCGCGCAAGAUGUGGCGCUUCUUCCGCGCCCGCUGCUUCUACUACGACAGGUGGCGCUACUACGACAGGCAGUUCCAGAACAGGCACCGCUACCCGCCGUUCGUGGUGUGGAAGUGGGACGUGGGCCUGAAGAAGGACAUGUUCGGGCCAUACAUGCACGGCUGCUUCAAGCGCUACGUGGAUGUGGGGCCGCUGUACACGUCGCGCGGCUGCCGCGGCCGCUUCCUGCCGUGGCGCUCCUACACAAGGGACUUCGCCGCCCACCGGCUCAUGAGGCUGGAGCUGGUGGCGAGGGGCCACGCGGACGUGUGCGUGCACAGCCCCUACGCCUCGCUCACGCCCUUCAGCCGCUCCGUGUCGCUCUUCGUGCGCUACCACGUGUGCGUCUGCGACACGCGCUACUGCAACCUCUCCGCCCCACCCGCCCCGCCGCCGCCGCUGCCCACGCUACUACUUCUGCAUUCCUACAUGUUGCUCUUCCAA